UCUCUGCUACUUUGACCUUCACCUUGUUGGACCAGAUUUUUCCACAUCCAAUUUCCGUGAAAGCGGACCCUUUCAGCAGUCAGUGAGUGAUCUAGUUUAUAUCGUGAAACACGCAUCUCGGACUGUUGUUGGGUAGAGUAAAAUUUGAAAAAUUGUAUCGAAAUGGGUAAUAAAGCAUCAAUGCAGCUUCAACAAGAAGAAAUAACGGAUAUUCAGACAGAGACAGGAUUUUCCUCCAAUCAGAUUGUUCGGUUGUACAGUCGUUUUACAAGACUUGAUAAAAACAACAGGGGUGUUCUCACACGUGAGGACUUCCUACGUAUUCCUGAGCUGGCCAUCAAUCCACUUGGGGACAGGAUCGUUCAUUCCUUCUUCCUUGAGAGCCAAUGUGAGACAGUAAACUUCAAGCAGUUCAUGAGUGUACUCGCUAGAUUCCGACCCACAAAGUCAAAAGAAAUCAAGAAUAAGCUGAACACAAGAGAGGAGAAACUGAAAUUUGCAUUCAGGAUGUAUGACUUGGACUGUGAUCAGAAGAUUUCCAGAGACGAGUUGCUGGCUGUCCUUCACAUGAUGGUGGGAGACAACAUCUCUGAGGAACAGCUGAACAGUAUUGCGGACAGGACGAUCGCUGAAGCAGAUGAGGAUGGAGACCGCAUGAUCUCGUUUGAGGAGUUUAAGAAGGUUAUGGAGCGUGUGGAUGUUGAACAGAAAAUGAGUAUACGAUUCCUGAACUAGACUCAGGCAGGACACCUCAGUACAAACCAAGAAACAAAGAAAUGUGGUUAUAGAUCUUCCACAAGACAUCAGAGUUUAUACAAAGAAAUAUUUUAUGACUUUAACAGAAAGGAGACAUCUAUCAUUUUAACAUUUCACUGUGAAUACAAGAGAUCAUAAUAAGUAGUUCUUUGCAAAACGGUAUUUGUUGUGUAAAUAGAAGUUUCCAUAUGGAUCUAUGCCACAUUAUAAUCACAAGUGAUUGGCAUGGAAAAUGUUGUGAAGUACUUUCUGAACAUAUUUAACAGAAAACAAUGAAAUCCUACAGAUACGAAUGUGUGAUAAUCCGUUAGUCUUUAAUUUCAGUGAAAUAGUUCUUUUAUUAAUCAGAUUUAAAUCGGGCACUUAUGAAAGUUUAUGUUUUUAUGGUGAAUUGCUAGUAUUUUAUUUGUGUUCAGCAUGUGUAAAUAGGAUUCAUAAGUUUUCAAAUGGUUGCAAAUUAAUUGAUACAAUCAUUUCCACAAGGGUGUCAAUUAUUGUAAAAGUUCAUUUAAAAUUGUAUAUACCUAUGCCAAUUCAUGAUUUUAUGAUAUUUUUAAUCUUGUGAUAUGUUUAGUUUUUGGAAAUAAAAUAACUUUUCUGUCCAUAUCUGUCAGAGGAUAUUCUCUGGGCCCUCUUGUUCUUAAAUGCCAUCUUUGGUGAAAGAAAUGGAAUGUGAUUGAGCUGGACUCAGGGAACUUAUAUUUUAUAAUGCACAUUUAUCUGAUUAUCAUUGGUCUAUCUGAUUACUUUCAAAAUGAGAGUAAUAUAAUUUUCCUAGUUUCAUAAUGGAUUAUUCUACUAAUGGCAGACUGAACAGGUUCAUCUGGGAUGACAGCUCUUGCAUUGAGCCUAAUAUCCCAGAGUGUGGCUCAAUCCUUCACUGUCUGCAUGACGAAUGACAUUACUUUCUGAAUGAAUGAAGCAAACAUUGCCAUAGGGGUCAUUUUAAUGGCUGCUUUUUUAUCCAGCAUUUUUGCAUUCUGCCAAUAAUUAGUGAAUUUAAAAUUCACAUGUGAAUCAGUAAAUAACUAACAUUUUUGGAGAUGGAUAAAGAUGCAAGUGCUCAUCUGAAAUAAUCAAUUAUCAGGUACAGAGUUUAAUGGACCCAGUGAUCCUCAAGUCUAACAUCAUUACCCAAUAGGCAUUUGUGAAGCAUAAUAUGGUGUCCAUAAAUCCUUCCGUAUUUUAUAAGUUAAAUAUUCAAGAUUUCAUUUCCCAUACAAUCAAAUCUAUUGUAUUAUUAUAUUGAAAUAUUAACCAAGAUUUGUUUGGUGUUUACAUAUUUUCCAUGCAUUUUAAACUUUCUGUGUUUUACUAUUAACUCGCUUGAUUUCACAUGUUUAUUUUGUGAUAUUUUUAUUGACAUAUUGUAUAUGACUUCAUUCAUAUAUCAUGCUUUUUUGCAGUGCAUGUACAUGGAUGUUAAUAAAACUCAACAGAAAACUGA